AUGGAAGUCUCUGUCAGGAGUCAUUUCCUGAAUGUUGCUGUUUUCCUGAUGCAUUGUGUGGUCCACAAGGCGAGCUGUGAGAAGGGCAACACUUCCCCUCUGCACUUCACUCACUUCUUCUACAAUGCCACCAUCUAUGAGAAUUCAGCCCCCAAGACCUACGUGGAGAGCUACGUCAAAAUGGGUAUUUACAAGAGAGACCCUGAGUGGGACAUCAGGUACAGGAUAGCUUCUGGAGACAACACUGGUUUGUUUAAAACUGAGGAGCAUGUGAUUGGGGAUUUCUGCUUCUUGAGAAUAAGAACCAGGAGCAGCAACACAGCACUUUUAAACCGUGAGGUCAAAGACAGUUACAUGUUAAUAAUCAAGGCCACAGAGAGCACCUUUGCCUACGAAGCCUGGGCCAAAGUCUUGAUCCAUAUUCUGGACAGAAACGACUUGAAACCUCUCUUUUCACCCCCCUCCUACAAAGUGUCCAUCAGAGAAGACACCCCUCUGAAAACAGUGGUCAGCACGCUUAGUGCCACUGACGCUGACGCUGGGCAGAACGCCGAGUUCUACUAUGCCCUCAACACCAAGUCCAACCUAUUCACUGUGCACCCCACCACGGGCGCAGUUCUGGUUACAGGCAGGCUGAACAGCACCCAUCGAGGCAGGCAUAACCUGCAGGUUUUGGCUGUGGACAGAAUGAGAAAGAUCACAGAGGGGAAUGGCUUUGGGAACUUGGCUAGUCUCACAAUCCAGGUGGAGCCAUCUGCCAGGAAACCCCCCUCUAUCUCCUCGGUGAAGGUGACAUCACCUGACUCAGAUGAAGACUUUGUCUAUGCAACUCUCUCUGUAGAAAGUGGCGACUCAGAAGCAGGGAUUGAUAUGGUUGAGCUUGUGGAUGGAGAUCCGGGAAGACAUUUCAAAGCCAUAAAAUCCUACUUUGGGAGCCCUGAGUUCAUGGUUGUAUCAAACAAAGAGAUAAACUGGUUACUUUACCCAUUUGGCUUCAACCUCAGUGUGCAAGCCAAGGAUAAGAGCAAGCCACCACUGUUCUCUCCUGUCAGAGUUGUCCACAUUCCUCCCUCCAAGUAUGUUUCUGCCAGGUUUGAGAAAGAAGUGUACCGGGUCCAGCUCAGUGAAUUUUCCCCGGCUGGAAGCCAAGUUGUUAUGGUGAAGAUCAGACCAGUUUUCCCAAAUCUUAAAUACAUUUUGAGACCUACUCCUGACAGCACAAGCUUUAAGAUCAAUCCUCACACUGGACUGGUAACUACAGUCAGAGCGAUGGACUUCCAUGAGCAGUCUAGUUUUGAGCUUGAAGUUACAACCAGUAACAGUCACACAUCUGCCACUGUUAUUGUUGACAUCAUUGACUGCAACAAUCAUGCUCCAGGUUUUACUCAGUCUUCCUAUCACAGGGCCUUUGAUGAAAAUGUUCCUCCUGGUACCAGUGUCUUAACAGUAAGGGCUACAGAUGAAGAUAAAGGUGACAAUGGCUUUGUCACCUACAGCAUAGCUAACCAGAAAUCAGUUCCCUUUGUCAUCGACCCCUAUUCUGGUGUCAUUUCCACCUCCAAGUCCAUGGACUAUGAGCUGAUGCAGAGAUGGUACCACCUGCGCGUGUGGGCGUCAGAUUGGGGCUCACCCUUCCGCCACGAGACAGAGGUUUACGUCUCCCUGACACUGAGCAACGUCAAUGACAACGCUCCUGUGUUUGAGAAGGCAAGCUGCAGUGGCACCAUCCCACGGGACUUUCCAGUUGGGAGCCCUGUGGCCACGGUCUCUGCAAUCGACAGCGAUGAGCUGCAGCAUAUCAAGUAUGAAAUCAAGUCUGGCAAUGAGUUACAGCAUUUUGAACUGAAUCCCAUCUCUGGAGUAAUAUCCCUUAGAAUAUCUCUGCGAGAUCUUCCUUCUGAGCAGCCACUUUUCUACUCUUUGAAAAUAACUGCAACAGAUGGAGAGAACUACGCUUUGCCAACAUCUGUGAACAUCACUGUGGUCGGCCAAGGUCUCCCUGUCAAAAUGCAGUGUGAGGAAACAGGAGUCUUGAAACAACUGACAGAAACCAUCAUACACUCCAUUGAGUCUCAGUCUCAAGGCCAUGGGCAGGAUGAUGAAACAUCUCUGAACUUGCACCUUAUAAACCAUAAUGCUCCUAAGUUUGAUGACAGCUUUCCACGAUCGAUUGAUAUCAUAGAGACUGUUCCCAUCAACUCAACUAUUGCUGACCUUUCAGCCAUUGAUCCUGACACAGGUUUUAAUGGAAAAUUGGUCUAUGUGAUCUCAGAUGGAAACGAUGACAGCUGCUUUACAAUUGACCUGGAACUGGGUCUCCUUCAAGUCCUUUCUCCUUUAGAUCAUGAACAAACCAGCUUCUACAUUCUUAACAUUACUGUGUAUGACCUUGGCACACCACAAAAAUCAUCUUGGAAACUAUUGGCUGUGAAUGUGUUGGAUACCAAUGAUAAUACUCCUAAAUUCCCUCAAGGUGCCUAUUGGGUGGCAAUACCAGAACAUGUAGCAGCAGGGACGACAAUAGCUCAAUUGAAAGCAGAGGAUGCUGAUACAGAUGACAAUGGGAGAGUUAAAUACUCCCUCCUAACCCCCACAGACAAGUUUGCCAUUAACAGUGUCACUGGAGAAGUGACGGUUACAGGCGCUCUAGAUAGAGAAUUGUGGCCUUGCUAUGUGCUAAAAAUAGAAGCUAGGGACCAGCCCAAAACAGGCUUCCAGCUGUUCUCUGUUACGGACCUGGUUGUGACUCUGGAGGAUGUAAACGACAACACACCACAGUGCCUCCCAGCCCUCAACAGAGUGAAGGUCCCCGAAGACCUGCCCGUGGGGACCGUUCUCCUGUUCCUGGAGGCUUUUGACCCUGAUGCUGGCUCAGGGGGGGAGGUGAGGUACAGCCUCAUUAACAAUGAGGAGAUGUUUCAUGUGGAUAAGCUGACUGGGGCGCUCCGUUUGGAGAAGGAGCUGGACUAUGAGAAGAGGGACUCUUACAAUGUAACUGUGCAGGUCAGUGACGGCGGGAAGCCCUUCUCUCGCUCUUCCCUCUGCCACCUGGAGGUGAACGUCAUUGACGUCAACGAGAACUUGAACCCACCACGCUUUGCCUCCUUUGUCUUCAAAGGCUGGGUGCAGGAGAACAGCCCUAAGGGCACAUCGGUGAUGAUGGUCACAGCAAAGGACAUCGACAGGGGCAAAGAUGGAGAGGUUCAGUAUUUCCUCCGAGAAGGAACUGGCCUGUCUGUCUUUCACAUCGAAAAGGACACAGGCACCAUACGGACCAUAGGAUCACUCGACCGAGAGGGAACAUCUCACUACUGGCUGACUGUGCUAGCCCUUGACCUGGGAACAAUUCCUCUGUCUUCUGUGACUGAAAUUUAUAUUGAAGUCACUGAUACCAAUGACAACCCACCUCAGAUGUCCAGACCUGUCUUCUAUGCCUCUGUGAUGGAGAAUUCCCCACCAAACACAUCUGUCCUUCAGCUUGAUGCCUUCGAUCCAGACUCCAGCUCAGAGGGAAAACUAACUUUUCACAUCCUAAGUGGAAAUCCUCAAGGACUCUUCACCAUUAACCUCACUACAGGUCUGAUUUCCACGACUUCACGGCAGCUGGAUCGAGAAUACAAGGCUGAACAUAUCCUUGAGGUGGCUGUGUCUGACAACGGAGAGCCAGCGCUGAAGUCCACCAGCAGAGUCGUGAUCCAAGUCCUGGAUGCCAAUGACAGCCCUCCCAGUUUCCCCCACAAGCUGUUCAUGGUGCAGCUCCCCGAGAGGGAGGCCUCGGAGACCCCACUGCCGGUCUACAGGCUGAUCGCUUCCGACCGUGACCAGGGCCAGAACAGCCAGAUCACCUACACCAUCGAGGAGGAGGAGGACGGCAUAUUCACCAUCAACCCCACAACUGGCACAGUCUUCUCCAGGAAAGCUUUCCCUGCCUCUGAAUACAACAUACUCACGGUCAAGGCCACAGACGGCGGCAGCCCCCCGCUCUCCUCCCACGUGAGACUUCACAUCAGCUGGGUCGCCCGGCCCGGCCCUUCCUCAGAACCACUGGCUUUUGAUGAACCCCACUUCAACUUCGCCGUGAUGGAAACAGAUCCUGUGAACCACAUGGUGGGAGUGAUCAGCAUGGAGAUGGGCCCCAGCCAAGUGUGGUUUAAUAUCACAGGUGGUGAUGAUGACAUGGAUUUUGACAUUGAAAAGAGUACAGGCAGCAUGGUCAUUGCAAGACCCCUGGAUGCGAGGAAGAAGUCAAACUAUAACCUGACAGUAGAAGUCACUGAUGGGUCCAGUACAAUCAAAACCCAGGCAUUUAUCCAUGUGAUUGACAUCAACCAGCACCGUCCCCAGUUUCUUGAGAGUCACUACGAGGUGAGGAUUCCUGAAGAUACCCCUUCAGGGAGAGAAAUCCUUCGAGUUAGUGCAACAGACAAGGACAAAGGAAAGGGGCUCAUCUACACCAUCCAUGGCAGUGUGGACCCCAAAAGCACAAGACUUUUCCAGUUGGAUCCAGGCAAUGGAGCCCUCACAACAGCAGAAGGCUUCAGUUCCCAGCCCAUGCCUCAGCACACCCUCACAGUGAUGGUGCGAGACCAGGAGGUUCCCAUCAAGCGGAACUUUGUCCGAGUCAUCGUCCAUGUGGACAGCUGCAACCUUCACCCUCCCCAGUUCAGCAGCAUCCAUUACGAAGCAGAAGUGCUGGACUCGGCAGUGGUGGGCACAGAGAUCAUACAAGUCAGAGCCCUUGAUCAGGAUCAGGGAGCUAAUGCUGAAAUCCACUACGCCCUUCAGGCAGGAAAUGGGGAAGGCUUCUUUAACAUCAACCCAUAUUCUGGAAUUAUUACAGUUGCCCAGAAGCUGGACCCAUCCAGGCAGGAACGAUUUACUCUUAUUGUCAAGGCAGAAGAUCAGGGGUUUCCUCAGCUUAAAGAUUCUGCUACAGUACAUGUCCACAUUAGACCCUCGGAUCGAACCCCUCCAAAAUUUUCAGAGGCUGAAUACAUCACAGAGAUCAGUGAAUCCACUGCUAUUGGCUCUCCUCUGAUCCAGGUUUCAGCCACAAGCUUAUCACCAGUCAGUUAUGAAAUAAGAGAUGGAAAUGGUGAUGGAGUAUUCUCCAUGAACUAUCAGUCAGGCCUUAUUUCCACUCAGAAGAACUUAGAUUUUGAGCAGGUGUCUUUUUACCAGUUGAAAGUGCGUGGUACCAACAUGGCUGGAGCAUUUAUGGACGCAGUGGUGCUCAUCUAUGUCAUAGAUGAGAAUGACAAUGUGCCUGUCUUCGUUAAGUCUUCCUUCGUUGGCUGGAUCAUGGAGAAUGCCCCAUCACAAAGCAUGGUUCUGGAUGAAAGCAACGCUCCCCUCGUGACCUAUGCAACAGAUGCUGAUCAGGACUCCAAUGCUUUGCUUGUCUAUGAGAUUUUGGAACCGGAGGCACUGAAAUAUUUCACAGUGGAUCCCAGCACAGGGACACUGACCAGUCGUGCUGAUAUAGACUAUGAGCUCACGCCAGUUUUCCACUUCAGUGUACAUGUGCACGACAGUGGAAGUCCCAGCUUGUUCGCAUCCAAGCCUGCCAAGGUCACAAUCCAUGUGAAAGAUGUCAAUGAUUCACCUCCAGUCUUUCUCAGAGACACUUACGACAUUUCCAUCUUGCUACCUGCCCACCCAGGGAUGGAGCUUUUGUCAGUGCAGGCAAAAGAUGCAGAUUCAGAGGUGACCUACAGCAUCGCAGAAGGAAACCUUGAUAAUGCUUUCCACAUCCAUCCACUAACAGGUCUCAUCUCCAUUCUUAACACUACCAGCCUGAGGAGCUACCGAGAGCUCACAGUCAGAGCUGGUGAUGGCUUAUAUAAGAGUACUGCCCUGGUUAAGCUAAAUUUAACUCGAGCACAAGGUACCAGCUUGAAAUUUGAUCAAGAUGUAUAUACAGCAACUGUGAAGGAGAAUUCUACAGAUGAGAAGACUCUAACCAUUCUUGGGGUCAAGGGAUAUCAGCUAAAUGAACCCCUUUCCUAUUCACUUUUGAAUGAAAAGGAAAGGUUCAAAAUGAUCCAAGCCUCUGGAGUUCUUCAGACCAAGGGUGUGAAAUUUGACCGUGAAAUGCAAGACAUGCAUGAGGUAGCUGUGGAAGUGAAGGACAACAGGAAGCCACCAAGAGUGUCCCAAGCCACAGUCAGAGUUUAUGUAGAGGAUGUCAAUGACAACCCCCCACAGUUUGAGAAUCUGCCAUACUAUGCCUCAGUGCAGGAUGGCACAGAGCCAGGGGAUGUCCUUUUUCAGGUGUCAGCAACAGACAAAGACAUAGGGGAUAACGGAGCAGUUACCUACUCAUUUGCAGAGGAAUACAAAUACUUUUGGAUUGACCCUUACCUAGGAGACAUCUCUCUUAAGAGGCCUCUUGAUUAUCAAGCUUUAAAUAAAUACAACCUCCGGGUCAUUGCUAAGGACAAAGGAGAGCCUCCCCUGCUCGCUGAAGAGGAGGUUGUGAUCAGUGUGAGGAACAGAUCCAACCCUCUGUUCCAAAGUUUGUACUACCGAGUGAAGGUGCCAGAAAAUGUCCCCCCAUACACAUCUAUUCUCCACAUCCAGGCCCGCAGCCCUGAAGGCUUGCGCCUCAUCUACAACAUUGUGGAAGAAGAUUACCUGAAACUCUUCAACACUGACUUCAAAACUGGUGUCCUCACUGUCACAGGGCAGCUGGACUAUGAGCUAGAGACAAAACACACAUUCACUGUUAGAGCCACAGACACAGCACUGGGAUCCUUCUCAGAAGCCAGAGUAGAGGUGGAGGUAGAGGACAUUAAUGACAACCCUCCCGUAUUUUCUCAGAUCAUUUACACAGCAUCUGUCUCGGAGAGUUUGCCACCACAGACCCCUGUUGUCCAUCUCUUUGCCUCUGAUAAGGAUUCGGGCAGAAACAAAAUGGUUUCCUAUCAGAUCAUGGAUGAUGGUUCAGAUGCUGCCAAGUUCUUUAAUAUUGAUGCCAGCACAGGGCAAAUAACAACAGCUCAAGCACUUGAUUACGAAACAAAUCAGCAGUUCCGCAUGAAAGUCAGAGCUGCGGAUCAUGGGGUGCCUCCACUCAGUAGCGAUGCCCUGGUAAUCAUAGAUGUGACAGACAUCAAUGACAAUCCCCCUGAGUUCAGCCAGCUUCAGUAUGAAGCCAAGGUCAGUGAAAUGGCUACGUGUGGGCACAUUGUGAUCAAAGUCCAGGCCCUGGACCCCGACAGUGGAGACACCACCCGGCUGGAAUACGUGAUUCUCUCGGGUAAUGACAACAGGCAUUUUGCCAUCAACAGCACUUCUGGAAUAAUAUCCAUGUUCAACCGCUGCAAAAAGGACUUGGAGCCAUCUUACAAACUCAGAGUUUCUGCUUCGGAUGGAGUUUUCAAGAGCACUGUGCCUGUGUAUAUCAACACCACAAAUGCCAACAAAUACAGCCCCUCUUUUCAGCAGAACGUGUACGAGGCAGAGCUGGCAGAAAAUGCUGAGAUAGGAACCAAAGUGAUUGAGCUGCUGGCUAUUGACCCAGAUGGUGGUCCAUAUGGCACCAUAGACUACACCAUCAUAAAUAAACUGGCCCAUGAGAAGUUCUCCAUAGACAAUAAAGGCUGUAUUUCGACACUGCAAAAACUGGACAGGGAGAAUUCCACAGAGAGAGUCAUUGCCAUUAAAGUCAUGGCCAAGGAUGGGGGUGGGAAAGUGGCCUUCUGCACUGUCAAAAUAAUCCUUACAGAUGAGAAUGACAACCCACCUCUUUUCAAAGCCUCUGAAUACACACUCUCCAUCCAGUCCAAUGUCAGCAAAGGCUCCCCUGUCAUCCAGGUACUGGCUUAUGAUGCUGAUGAAGGUGCAAAUGCAGAUGUCAUUUACUCUGUUGACUCUGUGGAAGAUGUGGCAGAAGACCUUGUGGAGAUUAAUGCUGCCACUGGGGUUGUUAAGGUCAAGGAGAGCCUUAUUGGUUUAGAAAACAGAGCCUUUAACUUCAAGGUGAAAGCUGAAGAUGGCAGACCCCCUCACUGGAACUCCCUUGUUCCAGUAAAUCUGCAGAUUGUCCCCAGGGAGGUGACAUUGCCAAGGUUUUCUGAGCCCCUUUAUACAUUCUCUGCAUCCGAGGAUCUUCCAGAGGGGUCAGAAAUAGGGUCAGUGAAAGCUUUUGCAGAGGAUCCCAUUAUAUACAGCCUGGUGAAGGGAACCACUACAGAAAGUAACAAGGACGAGGUGUUCACACUGGAUGAACAAACAGGGGCUUUGAAAAUCAAAAAACCCAUUGAUCAUGAGACCACCAAGUGGUACCAGGUUGAUGUCAUGGCUCACUGCUCACAUCUGGAGACAGAGCUGGUCUCUCUGGUCUCUGUGAAUAUCCAAGUGCAGGAUGUGAAUGACAACAGACCUGUUUUUGAGGCAGAUCCCUACAGAGCUUUUGUCAUGGAGAACAUGCCUUCAGGAACCACAGUCAUUCAAGUGACAGCUAAUGACCAGGACAUGGGAAGUGAUGGGCAGGUGACCUACAGUCUGGAAGCAGAAUCUGGCAACCUCCGCGGGCUCUUCACCAUUGACGGUGAGAGCGGGUGGAUCACCACACUGAAAGAACUGGACUGCGAAGACCAGGAGAUCUAUCGCUUUUAUGUGGUGGCCACUGACCACGGCAGGAAGGUCCAGCUCUCUUCCCAAACCCUGGUGGAGGUCACUGUCUCUGAUGAAAAUGACAAUGCCCCACAGUUCACCUCAGAUUUCUACAAGGGGUCGGUCACUGAGAACGCAGAGCCGGGGCAGGUCAUUGUCACCCUGAGCACCAUCGACGCGGACAUCUCCGAGCAGAACCGGCGGGUCACGUGCUACAUCACCGAAGGAGAUGUACUGGGACAGUUCACAGUUGAUCAAAUUGAGGGUGAAUGGACAAUUUCUUCCAAGAAGCCUCUGGACAGAGAAGAUACUGAGAAAUACCUCCUCAAGGUUAUGGCCUCUGAUGGGAAAUUUCAGGCUAGCACCGAAGUGGAAAUUUUUGUACUGGAUAUUAAUGACAACAGCCCUGAGUGUGGCCAGAUACUCUACACUGGGAGAGUCUCUGAAGAUGCUGGGCCGGGUCUUUUAAUUUUGAAAAUAUCAGCGACUGACCCCGACGUCGGCAGCAACGCCCAGAUAACCUACAGCCUGCACGGCCCCGGCGCGGAGGAGUUCCGGCUGGGCCCACACACAGGGGAGCUGACCACAUCUGCACCCCUGGACCGUGAGCAGAAGCCCACGUACCACCUCGUAGCCAAAGCCACUGAUGGCGGGGGCCGUUCGUGCCAGGCUGAUGUGACACUGAUCAUUGAGGACACCAAUGACAACGCACCAAGGUUCUUCCCCAGUCACUGUGCUGUGGCCGUCUUUGAUAACACCACGACAAAGACACCCAUCGCUGUGGUUGCCGCCAGGGACCUUGAUGAAGGUCUCAAUGCUGAGGUGGUCUAUUCUCUGUCUGACUCUGCCAAUGGACACUUUUCCAUUGAGGAAACCACAGGGGUGAUCCGCUUGGAAAAGCCUCUGAAGGAUUCCCAGCACUCAGCGUUCGAGCUGACAGUCUGUGCCACCGACCGGGGCACCCCAGAGCCCCUCUCUUCCCUCGGCACUGUCACUGUCUCUGUUGUGGAUCUCAGCGAAUACCUGCCUGUUUUCCUGGCCCCUGAAUAUGUGGCCAUGGUAAAAGAAGAUGUGGCUGUGGGAACCGAGGUCCUCAACUUGUCAGCCCUGACAAGGGACAACGCUGAAAACACAGAGAUCAAGUAUGAAAUUGUGAAUGGCAAUGACCACGGGAAAUUUCAGCUCAACUCAAACACAGGUGCCUUAUACAUCAAUGGGAGCCUGGACUUCGAAGCGAGUCACGAGUAUUACCUGUCCAUCGAGGGCACGAGGAAGGGCUCAGCCUCUCUCAGCGAUGUGACCAUGGUGGUGAUCAACAUAACUGACAUUAAUGACCAUGCACCAGAGUUCAUCCAAGAUCCCUACUUCACUGACAUUCGGGAGGAUGCUGCCGUUGGAGAAAUCAUCCUCACGGUGUCAGCUGAUGACUUGGAUGGGUCAAUGAACAAUCAGAUCACAUAUUCCAUCGUGGAAGGGAACCCGCUGGGACACUUUGCCAUUCAACCCAAAAAUGGGCAGAUCAGCAUUGCCAAGCAUCUGGACAGGGAGGAGAUCCCCAGUUACUCACUGACAGUUCGAGCCACAGACAAUGGCCACCCUGCUCAGUUCAGUGAUGUCCCUGUGCACGUCCACGUGUCUGAUGUCAAUGACAACCCUCCUCGCUUCUUCCAGCUCAACUACAGCGUGGUGGUGCAGGAGAAUGCUCCUGUGGGGACAAGUGUCCUGGAGCUGAUUAUGAGUGACAGAGACUCUCCAGAAAAUGGACCACCAUACUCAUUCCAGAUCACCCAGGGCAAUGAUGGGAAAGCCUUUGAAGUCAACCAAAAUGGUCUGCUGGUGACAUCAUCUGUCCUGAACAGAAGAGUGAAAGAACAGUACUUAUUGCAAGUCCAGGCCUCUGACAGCGGCAUCCCUCCUCUCUCCUCAUCUGCAUUUAUAAAUAUCCAAGUGACUGAGCAGAGCCAAUACCCGCCCUCGGCCCUUCCCCUGGAAAUAUUCAUCACCACCAACGAGGAAGCCUUCCGAGGCGGCGUUCUGGGCAAGAUCCACGCCACGGACCGGGACCCCCAUGACACGCUGGUGUACACUUUGGUGGCACAAGCGCCCAAGGAGGGGCUCUUCUCUGUCGGGGCUGCAGAUGGGAAGAUCAUAGCUGGGGACAAGCUCCCCCAUGGCCACUACCUUCUGAAUGUGACGGUCAGUGACGGAACGUUCGCAGCCACCACGAGCGUCAGCGUCCACGUGUGGUGCUUCACGCAGGAGGCCUUGGACAAGGCAGUGGUGCUGCACUUCCGACACCUCUCCCCCGAGGAGUUUGUGGGGGACCACUGGCGCAACCUGCAGAGAUUUCUGGGGAACAUCCUUGUCACCCGGCGCCAGAACAUCCACAUGGCCAGCCUGCAGCCUGCAGCCGCCUCUGAUGGCGUGGAUCUGCUCCUGGCUGUUGGAGAGCCACACGGCUCCUUGUACGAGCCGCGGGUGCUGGCCAGCAAGCUCACCGGGUCGGCUGGGGAGAUGGACCAGCUGGUUGGGCUCCGGAUGAAGAAAGCGAUCCAUGUGCCCUGUCACGGGUCAGACUGUGCCCACCGUGUCUGCAGGGAGACCAUCCAGCUGGAUCCAGGCAUGAUGUCUACAUACAGCACUGCCCGGCUCAGCGUCCUCACCCCACGGCACAGCUUGGAGCAGAUCUGCUCGUGCAAUGGAACAGCUGUGAGGUUUGGGGGCCACAGCUACAUUUGGUACCAGCACUCCCAGGUUGGCUCCUGGCACGUGCACUUUCGCCUCAAGACCCACCAGCAUCACGCAGUCGUGUUCUCCGCCAACGGGACUGACCACGCCACUCUGGAGGUGAUUAAUGGAGUGCCUCAGCUUGGCUACAGCUGCCGGGGGAGCUCCCCUGGGAACCUCUCCUCCUCACGGUUUGUGAGCGAUGGCGAGUGGCACUCGGUGUUCCUGGAGGUGAAGAACACUUCUGUCCGCCUGCUCAUCGAUGGCCUGGGAAAUGUCUCUCUCCAGCUGCCAGGGACCUGUAGGAUCUCCCAGGGCAGACGAGACCUGAUUUUUGGGGGCCUCCGGCAGUCGCUGCAGUCCCAGCGAGUCACACGGGGGUUCAGGGGCUGUCUGGACGUGGUUGCAAUCAACGGCAGAGAAGUGGUUCUCCUUCCUGGGAAAGGGCAAUCGAAGGAAGUCUUGGAGGAGGUGGGGAUAAGGCAGUGUUGCUCCCCCACCGGUGCCUGCAGCAGCAACCCUUGCCUCAACAAUGGGAUGUGCUCUGAAACCCAGGGAGGAGGUUACACCUGCAUCUGCCCUGGACUGUUCUCUGGUGAGCACUGUGAGCUUGGGGACAGUCCCUGCGAGUCCAAGCCCUGCCUGCACGGGGGAACCUGCACCCUCUCAGCCACCGGCUACUCCUGCCACUGCCCUGACUGGUACCUGGGUGAAAGGUGUGAGAAGCUGGCAGAGGAGUGCCAAGAGAACCCAUGCCGCAACGCCGGGCGCUGUGUGAGCAGCCAGGGCUCCGUGCACUGCAUCUGCCCGUCGGAUUACCAGGGGGACUACUGCACCCAGCCCAUCAUCACGCCCGCCAUCGUGCCCACGCAGUGGGCGCUGGGCCCCGAGGAGAUUGCGGAGAUCGCGGCCGGCGUGCUGGGAGCGGCCAUCCUGGCCGCGGCCUUCGUGCUCGUCCGCAAGCGCUGCCGCCAGCGCGCCAAGGCGCACAAGCCGGUGGCCCGCGAGGACCCUGACCUGCUCUCCAAGAGCGAGUUCUCCAAGAGCGUGGGCGUGGGCACCCAGCCCGUGCCCCCCAUCGAGCUCAACAUCCUCAGCGACGCGGCGCACAACAACCUGGACCGGGCCACGCCGGAGCAGCGCAAAGCCACCGGCACCCCUGAAUUCGUCACCUUCAACUCGGCCAACGCCCCGAAGCACCGGGGCACCAUCGUGUGCAGCGUGGCCCCAAACCUGCCCCCCGUUGCACCCCCGUCCAACUCUGACAACGAGUCCUUCAUCAAGUGCACCUGGGCCAGGGAGGAGAUGGUCUACCCAGCAGAAACGACCUACUGGCCCCCCCGGUACCUGUCAUCAGAUGUCCAGGAAUAUUCCCACUACGAGAUCAUUCAAGGCCCCCCUGCCUCCUCCUCUCACCCUCCUCUCCCGCCGCCGCCCCCUCCCCCAGCAGACACGGAGCCGGUCGCUCUCUACGGGGGCUUCCCCUUCCCGCUGGACCAGAGCAACAAGCGAGCCCCCAUCCCACCCCGCUACAGCAACCAGAACCUGGAGGACUUCCUGCCGCUGGGCCCUGUGGACAUGGGAGCAUCCCAGUGCCAGAACGAGUACACGGCCAUCAGCUACUACCCAGCGCAGCUGGUGCAGGGCGAGGGGGUCCCGUACCAGCCCGAGCCGGGCUACAAGAGGGUCAGCAUGCGCCUGAGCGUGGCCCAGCCCUCCUACGCCGACUGCGAGCUGGGCCACCAGCCCAGCAUCCGAGCCCAGCCCCUGCCGCCGCCCAACUACGAGGGCUCCGACAUGGUGGAGAGUGACUACGGGAGCUGCGAGGAGGUGAUGUUCUAACGCGGCUUGCUCGUG